UGAGUGCUUCAGCUCGUUACCACAGUUCUCCUCAACCACCUCAACCACCACAACCACCUCAACCACCACCAUGGCCUACAACCGUGCUCUUCUCAUCGCCCUAUACAUGUGCGCGCUGUUCAGCAUAGCGCUCAGUCAGUACUUUGACUUCUUCGGCGGCCCUCACUCUACCGGACUGGUCGGUGGUGCCAGGGAUUCCAGAGGCAACAGGGGCCCAGUGGUGUUCCCUCCCUCCGCUCCCGGCACAGAGACCAGUGGAGUCCGAGUAGGAGCCUCAGGCUACGGGUUCGUGCCCGCACCGCCACGAGGAGGCCAUGGACCCUUCGCUGGAUUCAACGCAUACUAAUCCUCUCAUCCUCCACUGACAUCUGACCCUAGGACAAGAUAAUGCUCUACCUCCGUCACCUAUUUAUUCCUUCAUUAGCAACAAAUUGUUCAGUUUCCACCGGAUCUUCGACUCUCUCGAGAGUCGGUCAGUUCAAAUCGACUCACCAAACAGUAAGACAUCUCGCAUACUAGUCAUACACCGAGUGCUUACCUUAGGUGGUGUCUGAUGUCUGUUAAGUUUUAGCUCAGUUUUUAGUUUGCCGACCCAGCGUCGGUAACAUCCCAUAAACUUUCCUACUAUUGUAGGCGUAUUUAAAUAUUUAAUUAUUGAUGUACAUAGAUUGUUUUAUGUGAUGAAUGUGUGGCCUAGAGAGGAUGAAUCUACAAUGGUGAAACCAGAAUGUUUUUAAACGCAAGUUGUAAGGUUCGAAGUGGAAUACCUGUGAUAAACAUAUCAGUAGUGUUUUACUAGUUCUCUUAGGAGUUUAGAAAUGAAAUAUGUUCAUCAGAGCUUAUUUGUAAAUAGCUUUAUUGUAAUGUUUGUUUCAAGCAACUGAAAAUUAUUCUCAAAUCUUCAUAUACAUUAGUUUAAGCUGUUCAUGGUAAUUAUGAUAGAAUCAGUAUUUUAUUUCUCGUUGAUCAUAGAAGUUGAGUGACUUUUCCAGUCUAAGCUAAGUUGAACGUUUAACUUGGGCUAUAGACCGGCUCAUGUCAUAUUGUGUUAUGCAAGGGAUAGAAAGUUACGUUCCCCAUCAUUGAACAUUGAUUAUCCCAUUCUGUCAUAUAUUAAACUAUCUCAAUAAUAGACCCUUGAUGUUGGUAAUCAAUAUUUACCAAUUAAAUAAAUCUCAGUGUUUAUAUACAUCGUCUUUUGAUUAUAGCUGUACAAUACGAUUGCUUCUAUUUUUCUCUGUUUAUAUUCUAUAUUAACUUUUCUACCUCUACACGUCUUACCUGUUACUAUCACCAGAUAAAAUUUUUCAGUUCUUGAAACAAACAAAUGUCACUUUGCUAAAUAAUGUGGUAUUCAACUAUAUACCAACAUAUUAAAGCUAUUUUAAACUAUAUAAUCCUUCUAAAACUUUUCAUUAAAUUGUAUAUACAAUACUUUGAAUCUGUUAAUAUUAUAUCCCCUUUUUUAUAUGCCUACAUUCCCGAUUAUACCUUAAUGAAAUCGUUACCAUGUAUCACAUACUUUUGGGUAUAUUUUUCUACUUCGGUUUGUCAUCUUUUAGCACCUGCUUUUUGCAUUAUAUUUCUGGUUUCAUCAGUCCUUUACAAUUGAGAGAGACAAUAGCCUUGAUAACUUAUUUAUUUAUUCUUGUUGUUUAAUACUAGACCUGUACAUGAGAAUUAGACACUGUUUGAAUGGUUAUAAAAAUGUGAAUGUAAAUAAUGUGAAUAUCUCUCUAGUAGAGUCCUACUAUACAAUAAAAUUAUUGUACAAUAUG